AUGGGAAUAACAAACCUAAGUAUGGCAGGAAUGAACGAAAAUACCCCACUUCUACGCCCUAGUAGGAAUUCCAGUGCUAGUAAAUUCGUUUCUUAUCGGAAGCAAAAAUCGGGCGAACCAAAUCAAACAAGCGCCUCGGUGAAUGCUUCAGAUCAUGAUGUUGAUAACAAUGAUGUCAUCUCUGAUGAGGUCAUCUCCAGCAGGACCCUAAUGCGGUCAGAUUCUGAUGUUGAACAAAGCAGAAAUCAUGUCAAGAUUGAACAGAAUCAUCUUCUCAAGGCUUCAUUCGAGAGUCUUGACUAUGAGGUCUCAGAUAAUUUACUAUACCAGAAUGAGGAGAGAGAGAAAAGUUCAAAACAGAGGAAACUAUACUGGAGAGGGGUUCGAAGGUGGAUCAUCUGUUUCAUAAUUGGUGUUCUGACAGGUCUCACAGCAGGUCUGAUUGACUUUGCUGUGGAGAAUAUAUCAGAUGUCAAGUUUACAACAAUCAAAAAUUUGGUGGACAAGUGUGUGACAGAGUACUGCUUGUGGGCACCACAGCUGGUUUGGUUUUGCUUCAACAUGGGCCUGGUCUUGAUUGGGUCAGCACUCACAGUUUAUGUCGAGCCAGUGGCGGCCGGCAGUGGUAUUCCACAAAUCAAGUGUUAUCUUAAUGGUGUCAUUGUGCCCCAUGUUAUUCGCAUCAAAACUCUGAUCACCAAGGUCGUUGGAGUGGCCUGUGCAGUGGGUGGAGGAUUGGCUGUGGGUAAAGAAGGUCCUAUGAUUCACUCUGGUGCCGUUAUUGCUGCUGGGGUAUCUCAGGGCAGAUCCACAACAUUGGGCAUUGACUUUCAGAUAUUUCAUGAAUUUCGGAGCGAUACAGAAAAGCGGGAUUUUGUGUCUGCUGGGGCGGCUGCAGGUGUGGCCGCUGCUUUUGGUGCUCCUGUAGGUGGCGUUCUGUUCAGUUUAGAAGAAGGUGCUUCCUUUUGGAAUCAGUCUCUUGUGUGGAGAAUCUUCUUCGCUUCCAUGGUGUCUACAAUGACCCUGAAUAUCGUACAAAGUUUCAUCAAAGGUCAUCCUUGGGAACUUGCAUAUCCAGGUCUCAUCAACUUUGGGACCUUUGGUGCUGUCAACUACAGGAUCUAUGAACUUCUAAUUGUGGUGUGCAUGGGAGCUUUCGGGGGAUUGCUUGGUGCUUUGUUUAACCACAUUAACUACAAGCUGACCAUGUUUAGAAUGAAAUAUGUACAAAGAGGCUGGCAGAAAGUGCUGGAAGUGUUGAUGGUUGCAACCUACACCCCGUGCUUUGCUUUCCUCCUCAUCUUCUUCAGCAACGACUGCAGAGAUUUGACAGACAACAAAGAGAAUAAAGAUAGUACAGACUCUGUUCUUGUGCAGUUCUUCUGUGGGGAUGGCAACUACAGCUCCUCUGCAAAACUGUUCUUUGACACACCCGAGGCAACAGUCAGACAUCUGUUUCAUAAUGAGCCAG